ACCUGCCAACGUAUUAGAAUGGUCUUGCUGGAUAAUUCAUCGUUUAUACUUCGCCUGGAGAAGCUGGCCUCUUCAGCGAAGGCAGAUUCAUCAUUUACCGUCACAUUUAAACGCUAUAAUGGCCAUGAUAGACCAAAGCCUCGUGAAGGAAAACCAGCCUUGCCGGAACCUGAGGAGUAUAUGUGUCUUAUGAGAGCUCAAUCAAAAUCAAAAAAGAUAUCAACUGUUGUUAAACACGAAGAUGUGCCCAAAAUGAUGACCAUGUAUGCCCAGUUUAUGAAAAGUAAUAUGGAUGGUUUGAAACGUGUUAAAAAAGUCAAAAGUAAAGCAAAAGCUGCCAAGGGAUAAACGUGAAUAGUUUUUAAACAAAAUUCCUAAAUAUUGCUUAAUAUUUAAAUAAAAAAUUUAGCAUUAAUGGUAAUUUUUU